GUUGUGAUAUCCAUGUUUGUACCAGACAGCUACGCACUGCUAAUGGGGGUGCACAGCGUCGUACAUCAUCGUGUGGAAUGAACUUUCCAGCGAUAGUAUCUGAGACCCCCGAAAUGUUCAAACAAGCUCCGCUUAUUACUGUUGAUUUAUGAAAGACAUCCGCGUAGACGUUGGCCCUGAAAUGAGCUCUUAUUACAAUCAUACUUCCCUUUCCACUCACUAUGCGCAUUUACAAGUCUAGAAGUAUCUCGGUACCGACUGAUCUGAACCUUACAGAAUUCCUCCAUACGCGAGCGAAUGAGACACUGCCAGAGUCGCAUCUCAUUGCAAAGGACAGCUUGACAAAUCGGAGUAUCACUAUUGGGGAGUUACGGCAGCAAGCAGGUCGCAUCGCCAGUGGGUUACACACAAGCCUAGAACCAUCAGACGGCGAUCGAUGGGCAAUCAUAAUACCAAACUCGGUGGAAUACCUUGAAGUUUCUCAUGCGGUGCUCUGGACCGGUGGAGUAUUCUGUCCGGUCAAUCACGCCCUGAAAGCAGCCGAGAUUGGCCAUGCACUCGUGGUCAGUCGACCGAGAUUUGUGGUUGUUUACGGCGAGGUCGUUGACAAGAUUCGAGAUGCGGUGAAGCAAGCGAGACAAGACUUGACCGAGCAAGGGAUUGACUGGCAGCUACCGACCAUCGUAACUGCUAUUUCGCCGGCGAGUGGGCUUCGACAUAUCCCUGACGAUUUCUUGGGGAUGCAGAAGCUAGAUAUACCUCAUUAUGCCGACACAAGAACUCGAGUGGCAUCGAUUCACCUGUCGUCAGGAACUACCGGGAAACCGAAAGGUGUUGAACUCACGCACUACAACUUUGUUGCGAACUGUUAUCAACUUCAUACUCAUGAUGCGGCUCAGUUUGGUCCAACUUCGAGGACGGUUGCAUUCACACCGUUCGUGCAUAUAGCUAUGACGGGAAUGCCGCUUUUCAUGGGUCCAUGGGCUGGCAUGCUUCAUCACGCCAUGCCGUCCUUCAACCUGGAAACGUUUGGCCAACUGGUCGAGUCGAACCAAGCGAAUAAUUUCCAGGGCGUACCGUCAGUAGUGCUUGCAAUGGCAACAUCUGACAUUACAGAGAGGUAUGAUUUCUCCAAGGCCCAAGUCAUUAAUGUUGGAGGUAUAAGACUGUCCAAGGACCAAUUGAACUUGCUUCAGAAAAGGGCACCAUGGAGACUCAAUCAAUGCUAUGGAAUGACGGAGGCGGCAGGGUAUGUUGCAUAUCAAAGGGCUGGCGAAACCUUGCAGGAAGGCAUGGUCGGAGAAAUGUUGCCUGGAAUUGAAGCCAUGUUAAAACGCGAGGGUUCGACUGAUGAUGCUCCUGAUGGAGGACCCGGGGAGCUAUGGAUUCGCGGACCUAAUAUCACCCGAGGGUACGCCUUCAACCAAGACGCUGGCGAAAAGUCCUUUCCAUUACCAGGAUGGUUCAAUACUGGAGACGUGUGCACUAUUGACAGCCAAGGCAGACUUAGCGUCGUAGGCCGAACGAAGGAGCUGAUCAAGUACAAGGGCUUUCAGGUUGCUCCGGCUGAACUUGAGGCCUAUAUCAACUCACACGAAUGGGUGGUGGAAGGUGGUGUGGGCUCCAUAUGGGACGAAACCCAGUUAACUGAACUACCUGCUGCUUGGGUUGUUCUGAAGCCACAAUAUCGGGGACGGCAAUCAGCGCUGAAGGAUAUACACCAACAUGUCGAUGUACAAGUCAGCGGCUAUAAAAAACUGCGUGGGGGCGUGUGGGAGAUUUCAGCCUUACCCAAAAAUCCGACAGGGAAAAUUCUGCGGAAAGAAAUGGUUGCAAUGCGUGACGGAGCUUGUUCGUUAGACCAUAUACUUGCCAAGUUGUAA